GACGGACGGACAGACGGACGGGGGGCUGAGCGGCUCAGACGGAGCGGACUCUGCCGCGUGCACACAACUUUCCUUUGCAUUUUGAAACUUCUUUCAACUCCACCGGUGCAGUUUGCUCUCUCUCCCUCUCUCUCUCUCUCUCUCUCCAUCCCCGCAUUUUACUUCUACUUUUUCUUCUUCUCUGUUUUCACCCUCCUCCAGGUGCGCACGCGACUUGGACCUGUUGGUGAAACAACUUUCGGAUAAACUUCCUCGGAUUUUUCUUUUUUUUUUUUUUUCUUUUUUUUUUGCAGAAAACGAUGACGUGACCCCCCCUCAGACGACCACCUCGUUGUUAAAAAAAAACAAAGUCUCGCGCUCGCACGUGAAAGUGAGCGGACGGCGCUGCGCCCCGCGGGCUCCACUCCGGUCAACAUGACUCUGUCCGGCGGGCCGUCGGAUCCUUGUCAGCUCGCCCUGCGUGACCGCACGGAGCUGCGGGAGUAGGACUCGGCGCACGCAUGCUGCUUUCUGCGGGACUGGAGUAGUUGCUGCAACACGUUGCGGUGAAGCGAAGACGGGCUGCGGUUUGGAGAGAGAGAGAGAGAGAGGGAGAGGGAGAGCGACGAUGCGGGGCACUGUGGGCGCUUUCAUCCAGUCCUGCCUCGUCCUGCUGGUCCGGGCAGACCAGUGGAGGCUGCAGGACUCCGCCAACUGCGAGUUGCACAGGAAACAAACUGACCUGAACUCCUUCUUGUGGACCAUCAAGCGUGACCCCCCUUCGUAUUUCUAUGGCACAAUCCACGUUCCGUACACCCGCGUCUGGGACUUCAUCCCUGAGAACUCCAAGCAGGCCUUCCAGGAGAGCAACAUCGUCUACUUUGAGCUGGACCUGACGGACCCUUACACCAUCUCCGCCCUGACCAGCUGUCAGCUGCUCCCUCAGGGCGAGAACCUCCAGGACGUCCUUCCCAGAGACAUCUACAGAAGACUUAAGAGACACCUCGAGUAUGUGAAACUCAUGAUGCCCUCCUGGAUGACCCCGGAUCAGAGGGGCAAGGGGCUCUACGCCGACUACCUCUUUAACGCCAUCGCCGGUAACUGGGAGAGGAAGAGACCGGUGUGGGUGAUGCUGAUGGUGAACUCGCUGACGGAGGCAGAUAUUAAGACUCGAGGUGUUCCGGUGUUGGACCUGUACUUGGCCCAGGAGGCGGAGAGGAUGAGGAAGAGAACGGGAGCUGUCGAGAAGGUGGAGGAACAAUGCCAUCCGCUCAACGGGCUCAACUUCUCACAGGUGAUCUUUGCCCUGAACCAGACGUUGCUGCAGCAGGAGUCUUUGAGGGCGGGGAGCCUGCAGGUCCCCUACACCACAGAAGACCUCAUCAGGCACUACAACUGCGGGGAUCUCAACUCCAUCAUCUUCAAUCACGACACCUCGCAGGUCCCGAACUUCAAUAAUGUGACGCUGCCGCCCAGCGAGCAGGUGACCGCCCAGGAAAUAGACAGCUACUUCAGACAGGAGCUCAUCUACAAGAGGAAUGAGCGAAUGGGCAAGAGGGUGAAAGUCCUGCUGGAGGAGCAUCCUGACAAGAGCUUCUUCUUCGCCUUCGGAGCAGGUCACUUUCUCGGUAACAAUACCGUCAUUGACGUGCUUCGCCGUCAGGGAUACGAGGUGGUGCACACCCCUGCCGGUCAGCCCAUAAACAGAGCCGGCUCACCGGAAUCGGAGCGCCACAACGACGAGUCCCCCCCGCUGGAGCCGUUCCUCCACGAGCUCCCGGGCAAAGCGGAGGACCAGGGGCCUCCCCUGGAGGAGGACCUGCUGCCCCACAUGCUUCUGCCGCCGGACAGCCUGGAGCUGCUGGAGAAAGCCGAGAGGAAGAUGCUGAAGAAGAAGCGGAGGAACAAGCAGAAGAAGCAGCGGCACCGGCAUUUCAACGACCUCUGGGUCCGCAUCGAGGAGAGUUCUGUGGUCCAGUCGCCUCCUCCCCCGCUGGUCCGGAUCAUCAACGGAUACAUCACGGUGCAGCCGCCUCACAGAGCCCACGGCCACUACAACCACCAUCACACACCCUCAGCGUCCUCCACCUCCUCUUCCUCGCCCCUUUUACUCCUCGUCCUCUGCUCGCUGCUGACAGCCAUCUCACAGAUACAGACUGCGCCGCUCUAGUGGAGCCUUCAGACAGAACUAUAACCUGAAGAGGAUAUGAUGGCCUGGUCACGCGUUGUGACGUGCAUAAAGGUCUGGCAAAGGGAAUGAAAUCGGGUCAAGCUGCCAGCUUGUGGAUGUUUGGCAAAAUAAAGUUGAAGUCAACACAUUCAGAGUGAUGAGUCCUGUCCGAAAACCAUGUCUGUUACAAACUGAAGCCAUAAAUGUAAACUACACAGGUGGUUCUGGCCGUAUAAAGUGUUGGUGUUAGUCAAAAAAUAGUACAAAAUUACCAGCAGUCAUCUCAGAGACGUUACACUCACACACACACACACACACACAGUGUAUCAGCUCGCUGAGCAACGACACCGCCACAGUAAACACUCAUUACUGCUGAAGAGGAUUGAAGCUCUCAGCGGAUGAAUGUGAAAUCAUUGUUGGAUAUGAUAUACAUUAAAGAAGUGCAACUGGAACCAUAUGUCCUGAGUGUGUGUGUGAGAGAGAGAGAGAGAGAGAGAGAGAGUCGAUCAGCUAUUAAACCCUUUGGACUUGCAAACACAGACAUUCUUCUUCAGACGUUAAUUUAUUCUUCCAUUUUCGAAGAAUUUGCUGCAUUCAGACCUGCUGUUGGGGGAAAAUUGUACAUAUUGUUUCUAAAUAUUAUAGAUGUAUUUUAGAAUUAUAAAAAAAAAAAGGAAAUUAUCAAAAUCAUUGUUGUUUAUAAAAAUGUAUAAAUAGAUAUGCAGUAUAUUUUUUGGAAAAGAAAAUCAGGAACUAACCAUCAUAGACUGCCUUGUGUCCCAUGGAAACUGAAUUCUGGAACGGGACAGAGAAUUGUAUUGUUCUUUAUGUAUCAGUGUUAUCACCUGCCUUGCUGUGUGUGUUUGCAGAAAUAAUUCAUGUCAGUGUUUUGUUUUGUUUUGUUUUUUACACAAAGGUCUUUGGAUUAUUUAUUUUUUGUUGAAGGUCAGUGGUUUUCAAAGUGUGGGGAAAGAAAGCUACGCCCAGUAUAUGCAUUGUAUUUCCUAAAACCAUCAUAUAUAUGUUGUGAAAAUUAAUUCAGGAUCAGAAUCCGACCUCAUCCUCACUCAUCCUCCCCACACUUUGAAAACCUAAACUUCCCUAACGUCACUUUUUUAAAAUGUCACCAUGAUGUCCAGUUGUGUACAUGUUCAUUUUCAAACAUUCUAAAUAUGAUUUCAAGGGCACAUUAUUAAGAUAACAGCAAACUAAAUGUUAACGAAUAAAGUUGACCACAUACAGCUUAGUGAAGUAGGUGUUUCACAUUUCAUUUAUGGCAUGAAAUUAUUGUAAUAGUCCUACCGUGGAAGCAAUAAAAUAUUU